AUGACUAGAAAAAAAGUCAAGCUUAAGAAGAGAAAAGUUGGCAUCGUGAAGAAACUAGAUGAAUUGACCACUCUGUGUGACAUUAAAGCGUGUACUGUCAUCUAUAGUGCCGAUGAUUCUGUCUGGCCAUCGAUAGAAGAAGUACACAGAAUUAUCACAAAGUACCAGAGUUUUCCAAAGGUUGGUCAAGGAAAACGAAAGGUCAAUCAAGAGACCUUCACUCGGCAGAGGCUUGAAAAGAUACAAGAAAAGCUUAGAAAACAACAAAGAGAAAACCAUCAUAUUCAGAUGACACAAAUCAUGUUUCAAUCCAUGAUGCAUCCACAAACAGCGAUGUCAAGGCUGAAUGUGGAAGAUUUCGAGGAGCUGGCUCGAGUUACCGACCAGAACCUGGUGGAGGUUCAGAGGAUGAUGGAGAUUCGUUUGAGGGAUUCCUCUUCUUUCAACCGUCCUCCUCCUCCUCAAUUUGGCACUGGCGGCAGUGAGGGUGGUGGUAGCCAAUAA